AUGUCUGAGAGACGCGAGGGAGAAUCUCACCCCACCGAGGAGCGCCCCGCGCAGCGCCGAAGGGUGGAAGGAGCACCGCAUCAGCCAAGGUGGACGCUGGUGAGCUCUAUCAAGGAUGUUCUUAAUGUGCCGGUUAGUCGUAUACGUAACAUCAACCUGAAUGACUUUCUUCGCAGUACAUUGUGCGACAGGGGAGUUGUGCCAAUUAACGAGAAUGUCUCCAUUGAGAAUUUUGUUGCGCAACCCCGGGCAUUCAUCGACGACGAAGAUGUUUUGGGCUUAAUACUGGCAUCGCCGUCUUACACAGCCAUAAGGGAAGAAAUAGAAGAUGCACGCAGGCUCCGUGAAGAUGCACGCAUGCUUACGGAGCGCGGGUUGGCCACGCUGCGAGACUGGAAGGAGUUUGCAUAUAAGAGUAUUGUCUCUCCUAUUACACGGGUAAAACUCCAAUCAGCUCUUGCCGGGGCGGGGGAGGAAGCAAGGCGGGCGGCUGCAGCAAGGGCUGCACCUGUGGUUUUGGAUGAGAGGGCCUACCGGUCGGUGUUGAAUGCAACGUGGGACUUACGUGGAGUCGGGCCACUUUGCGGAGCCGCUUGGGAUGAGGUUGGCGGACGCCGCUUCCAGCAGGCCUCAGAUAUUGUGGAGUGA